CUCUCUCCAUCGCUGUCGUCGUCGGGAGAAAACCUGGGAGUGGCAGGAAGGAGGCAAGGCUGAGCACGGAGAAAGAGGAGGAGGAAGACGAAGAGGUCGUACACGAAUCAGGACUUCCCCGCGCAGCGUCUCUCCAUUUGCAGCAGCAGCAUGGCCGAGGGCUCGGCGUCUCUGGCGGAGGUGCAGGCCUCCUUCCACAGGUUCGCGGUCCACGGGGACACGAAGGCCACGGGGAAGGAGAUGAACGGGAAGAACUUCGCCAAGCUCUGCAAGGACUGCCACAUCAUCGACGGCAAGAACGUCACCACCACAGACGUCGACAUCGUCUUCAGCAAAGUCAAGGUGAAGUCCGCCCGCGUCAUCACCUUUGAGCAGUUCGCCCAGGCCAUGGCGGAGCUGGCCGCCAAGCGCUUCAAGGGCCCGAGCAAAGAGGAGUCGCUCCAGCAGCUUUACGGCCUCAUCAUCGGGAAGGAGCCCACCAACGCCGGAGUCACUAAAGUGGCGAAGGCGGCGGCCGUGGACCGGCUGACGGACGCGAGCAAGUACACCGGGUCCCACAAGGAGAGGUUCGACGAGUCGGGCAAGGGCAAGGGGAAGGCCGGGCGGGAGGAGAUCCCGGACACCAGCGGCUACGUGUCCGCGUACAAGGGCAGCGGCACCUAUGAUGACAAAGUGAAGCAAGCGUAACGCGCCGACACUGGACACAGAUGUAAAUAGAGCCAGGCCACGGGCUGCUGCAUGAAACGCUGCUUUGUGUUGCUCUAAAGGGACCAGAGAAUGACCCCCGCUUCCUAGGAACUAACCGCUUUGUGUGGAGCCUAACACGGUGCCUUACUGUGGACGCAGCCGCCGUGACCUGCGCUUCUAUAAUCUCACCUUCAUGAUCAUUUCCCCCUCAGUUCAAGGAACGACAGGCCGGUCGCCCCCUCAUCUGCUGAGCGAAUCCAUUUAUGUUCAAGUGCCUGUCGCUAAAUGGUCAGUCGGCGCCCGCUGUUAUCCUCUUCAUAGGAUUUAUUCUCCUUUCAAGUUUAUUUUUCAAGAACUUUAUGUAGAUACACGAAGAACAAGCAGCAGGUUUUACCCAUGCUAUUAAUCCAAUUUCUUGGUCGUUACUAGUUUAGUUUAUUAUUGAUGGCAUUAUGCUCACUAAAUGUUGUGUCAUGUUCUUAUAUAUUUAUUCCACUGAUGAAUAAAGGAUGAAUCUUAUAACAGAAAAAAAACUGUCAACUGUAAUUAAAGUGAAUGUUAAAUCUAAAUAAAUAAUAUUUCAGAAAACA